GGCAACACCAGCUGAAGCACUCAUUUCCAGUUACAGCUUACAUAGUUCAUACAUAACCACAAAUCACCCAGCACAGCAAUGCCAUUAGCACACAGCAAUACUGUCUAAUAUUCUCCUCCACUAGAACUCAGAGAUGUUUUUUUUAACCCUUUUAGCACCAGUGACAGAAUAGUCUUUUCUUCUCAGGACUACUAUAAGCUGCUAUAAAAACCUGGAGCUUGAAGUGGCUGCAACCUUCACAAAAGUGUUUUUUUUUUUUUUUUAAACCACUAAAAAUGGAUUUGUAAUAAUGUAUGACAGCGCCAAAGAUAAAUGAAAGGGUCAAAAUAUUCCACUAAUAACAAAAUGCUGUUGUCUCUUCCACACCUACAUAUAAUUUAGAUCUUCAUUAAUGAUAAGAAACAUGGCUCAACCCUUUAACACACACCCUCUUCCUGUCAAGAGCUCAUGAAACCCUCACUGUACCUCAAGUAUUGAGACAGUUAAAACAGAAGAUAACCAAGCACAGUCAUAGCAAUGGAAAACACGACUUGUCCACCAUUUGACUCAUCUUAUUUCAGAUAUCCCCUUUUCACGUUGGUUUAUAGUGUUGUGCUUAUGCUAGGUUUGCCAUUAAAUGGGAUUUCUCUGUGGAUUUUCUUCAGAAGACUGGGGCUUCAUUCUGUACCAGCCAUUUAUAUGGCUAACCUAGCAGUGUCUGACCUUCUCUUUAUCAUUUCUCUGCCUCUGAGGAUCUACUACUUCGCAACGACUCGCUGGCCAUUUGGAGAUGCCUUGUGCAUGAUACCAGGGACCCUGUUUUCAGUGAACAUUUAUUCCAGCUCCCUCUUCAUCGGCUUGAUCAGCCUGGACCGGUUCCUUGCUGUCGUGUAUCCUUUGAGGUCCCGUGCUCUUCGAACCCCAGGGUUUGCCAGACUGGCCUGUGGGGUGGUCUGGCUGUUAAUUCUGGCAUUAGGCAUCCCCAUCGCGCUGAACCACGGGACAAAUAAAGACGCCUGCAACGUCACCCGCUGUUUUGAGUCUUAUUCGGAGACAAACUGGAAAUUUGGAUUCGUUAUACUCUGUCUAAUAACAGGGUUUGGAAUAAUCCUUCCGCUUGUGAUCAUCGCGCUCUCCACCGUGCUGGUGAUAAAGACUCUGCACACUCGCAGGGUCGGCUCUGCAGUGUUUAAAAAGCACAAGAUCAUCUGGAUGUUCAUCAUGAAUCUGCUCAUGUACACCGUGUGCUUUGUGCCCUUUCAUGUUGCAUUCAUACUGUAUGCUUUACAUAAGCUGAACUACCUCCAGUACAAUUUCUUUGAUGCUCAAACAAUUACAAUGUGCUUAGCCAGCAUGAACAGCUGCCUGGACCCCAUCAUUUACUAUUUUACUGCUGAUGCUUUCUGGAAGAAAAAGCAUGAGGACACAGCGCUGACAUCAAUGAAAACAGUAUUACAGGACCAGUAAGCAUACUACUUGCAAGCUUGCUAAAAAAACAAACUGAUAUAUUAGAUGCCAUUGGAUAUACAGUGUGAGCAAAUGCACAGUUCCACUCAGAACCAACUGCUUUACAUUGUUACUGGAAUAGCCAGGUCAGUCUUGUGCUAACCACUUGGAUUGCUUCUAAGAGUGAUAUUAAUUGUAUUUAAUAUGAUUACAUGGGAGGUAAAUUAGCAUUUUACUCCAGGGGCCGGUUGUACUAAAGGGAUCCAGUCCUGGAUCCAGGCUCCGAUCUUGAUCCUAUGACACAUUGGGUUGCACUAAAAGGAUCAGAGUUGAUCUGGAGCUCAGUUUCGUUUCUGAUCCUAUUUCGAUCUUGCUUCAGACCAAGAUCAGAGUGGGAUCAGAGCUUCAUUGAACGUUUUAUAAAUGGAGAAAUUACAUGUUUUUAGUUUUGAACUAAGGAAUAAACAAAAUAAUGUAAUUUCUCCAUUUAAAACUCAGCUGAUCCCAAUCUGAUCCUGCUCUACAGCUGAUGGUUGCGAAUUAAACAAAUGAAACUGUAAUAUAUAUUAAACAACAGAGAUGUGUGACAUACACCAUCAUAAUACGUAAAUGAAACUCUUUUUACAAUUGCUAAAGUAAUCAUUAAAUAAGCACACUGUAUUUAGAUAAUUGAUCGACAUAACGGUAACUUAAUAAACUUCAAAUAGUUGCAGGAUUUCACAAAAAAAUAUUUCCCUCAGAUUAUUAUAUGAAAAUGGAAAU